AUGAAUAAUAGCAGCAAUAAUAAUAGUAUGGAUAGUAUAAUAGAUAAUAAUAAUCAAAUAAAAAAUGAAAUUCUUUUUUGGAAAGUAUUUCAUAAUAAAUAUUUGUUUUUUUUUAUAUUUUCAAAAUUAAAAAAUAGAGAAUGUUUUACUAAAACUUAUAAAGAAAUUUAUAAAGUUGGUGAAAUUUUAAAAAAUGGCUCUAUUUCUUCAUCCUCCUCUUCAUCAUCCUUUUUGGAACUAUUAUUAGAUAAAGUUUUAAAUGAACAAUAUUUGGUAUUUGAAAAUGUAUCAGUUAUUAAACAAUUACUUCAAAAUCCAUUCUUUAAAAACAACGAACCAUUCUUCACCAAAUUAAGAGAUUAUUAUAAACUCAAUCAAAUAUUAGUAGAUAGUAAAGAUAACUUACCAAUAGGCCAGCUCCCAAUAGGUAUUCAUGAAUUAGAUAUAGUUUAUUUAUCAAUUAUCAGUUGCAAUGUAUCAUCACUAAAAGUAUUUUACAAUAGUUCCUCUUCGGUAUCAAAUAAAAACCAACUUUUAUAUAUUGGGGAAGCCAUAAAAUAUCAAAAUUUAGAAACCCUUGAUUUUGUUUAUAAAGCAGCAAUCCAAAGCAAUAACAAUACAAAUGAAAUUAAUGAAUAUGUUCAAAAUCUUCCCUAUUUAUUAUUUUUCGAUCAACCAAAUACUGAAAUUAUUAGAUAUGCAAUCAAACAGAUGAAUAUCAAGUUUUCACCAUCAAAAAUUCCUUUAUUAACAUUUUUCAAAGUAGAUAUUGAACUGGUCAAGGAAUUAAUGGGUACAGAUGCAGCUUCACAAGUUAUACAAAUUGAACAACCUAUAUCAACAUUUCAAUUAUUUUACUAUGAUUGGUUCCAGGGUACAAUCAAAGAUUUAAUUCAUCACUCGAUGGCAUUACAAUUAAUAGAAAAAAUCUAUAGAAAUCAAAUCCAAACUACACCAGCCAUUCCAUCACUAUUUGAAGAGUUAAAUAACUAUGUUAAUCGAGCUAAAGAUAUUCAAAACUCAUCUCUCAAACUAUAUGAUCUAUCAAAUGACGAACUCGUAUUCAAAUUACUAAAGGUCUAUAUUGAAAUUCUUUUAACUAAAUAUAUGGAUUUAGAUUACUUCUUUCACAACGAUGGUAAAAAGAAAUCACCAUUAUAUUACUUGGUAGAAUACUCUGUUAGAUUUAAUAAUAUUAAUAUAUUAGAUACAAUUAUAAACCCACCAAAACAACAAUCAGAUCAAUCAAACGAUAACAACAACAAUAGUAACAAUAAUAUUUCAAUCUAUUCAGUUAUAAUAGAAAAAUCAAUAGAAUAUUGUAAUGAACAAUUAUUUAAUAUUGCAAUUAACCGAUUAUCAUUAAAAAGAAAAUUCUCAUUCAAUAUAAAAUCAAAUGGAAUAUUUAAAAAAUUAUUAAACAACUCCUCCUCAACUAAUAACAUAAAUAGUAUUAAAUCAUUUAUUGAUAAUUGCAUAAUUAAUAAUAUUGAAAAAAUUGAUAUUAGCAGCUUUUAUACAAUUUUAUUACAAUUAGAUAAUUGGGAAAUUAUUGAAUACUUUUAUAACAACAGAGGUAAAAUUAGUUAUAUACAUUGUUCAGUAUUAAAAUAUGUAGAAUCACCAGAAACUUUAGAAAGAAUAUUAAAUCAACAAAGGGAAAAAUUCUAUAGCACUUGGGAAAUAAAAGAAUUAUUUAAUAGAGAUAGAUUAGAUUUAUUAAAUAUAAUCGAAAAGUACACUAAAGAACAAAAUAAAAAUGUUAACAACAAUAACAAUAAUAAAGGAAUCAUUGAAAAUUUAAAGACAAUUAAAAACAAUCAAGACUUUGCAAAUGAAAAAAUUAAAGGAAAUAAUACAAAUUUUAAAUUAAUAGAUUAUUUAAUUGAAAAUGGCUACAAUAUUCCAUAUGACACAGUUUUAUUAGAUAUGGCAGAUGAAAUUAAAAGCUCUGAAAAUCUUUCAAAAAACUUACUAAAGAAAUUCAAGUAUCUUUUAGAUUUAAAUGAUCUACAUCCAACUAGACCACAAUUCAAAUACGGUGCAGGUUUCUCCGCUGCAAUGGUAUAUCCAUCUAAUUUAGAGAUCAUCUUAUUUAUAAAAGACUAUAGACCAUGGGAAUUAGUCAGGAACAAUGAUGAACCACCCAAAUUCAAAUAUUAUAACCCAGCAUCAACUAAUUUUUUUUAUUAUCUAAGUGGCAACCCAACUCAAAAUAUUAUCAAGUUAUUUUUAAAAACUGGUAGAUAUAAUCUUCUUUUAGAUUAUUUAAAAUUCAAAAAAGAUUCUAUUAAUGCAGGGAAUAAUGAUGACAUGGAUGAUGAACAAUUUUCAAAUAAUAUUAUUGUUAAAUUGUUAGAUUCAGAAAGACCAGAUAAACUUACAAUUCCAUAUAAAAUUUUUAAAGAGUAUCUUUUAUAUGAAAAAAAUCAUUACUUCCAAUCACCACAAUCACCCGACCAGAUCAGGCUUAAAAAUUAUUUAGAAAAUUUAUUAAAAGAAUCAGUAAAAAAUGCAAAUUUAUCGGUAAUCAAAUUACUUUUUAAAUUAUAUCCAACAUAUUUUAAUUACAGUUCAGUUGAUGAAUUUUUCCAAAAUAAUAGACACUUUUUUUUAAAAAAUAUGAUACUUACUGAUGAACUAGUUUGUUUAGGAAAAUUAUUAAAUAAACUAUUUCCAAUACCCAUUUCAGAAGUAACAACUUUAUGUACAGGCGAUCCUGGUUAUGAUUACCUAAAUUAUGGAUUUUCAAUAAAAACAACAUGUAUUGUCGAUCUUAACUCUUUGAAAAUUGCGUCCCAUGAAAAAAAUAGCAUUAUAAUAACCUAUGAUGAUUUAAAAUGUUUUGAAAUAGGUUUAUAUGAAAUACAUUUAAGUAAUUUAUAUUUAGAUAUAGAUGCUUUAGGUACCACUGAUGACAAAAGAGUAGCUACUAAAAUUUAUUUGGAUGAUUGUACUUUUAAAGAUCAAAGAAUUUCAUCAAUCGGAAACUCAAUACCAACAGCAACAGAACAUUUGAGUAUUGCAGUUACCGAUACUUCAAAUUUACUUUUUAUUCCAUUCUCUUCUUUAAAAUAUUUGAAAAUAUUUAUUCUUGCAUAUAAAAAUAUUGAACAAUAUUUCCCAAAAAUAGAAAAUGACCUCUCAACUUCAGAUGAAACAAAUUUCUAUAAUGU